GCCAUGUUUUAUGCGACGUUGUAGAUUAUGAGAAAACGUAACUGUUGAAAAAAGGAAAAAGACGGUGUUUUUGCGUCGACUGUUGAUCGACGUGUAACACCACUUGUCAAACAGGACACCGGGAAUCCAUUGAUCGAUAAAAUAUGACCGACGAAAAGACUGACGGCAAAGGGGCUCCUGAUGGUGUUGUUAGUGUAUUGGAUGACAUUUUAGUCAUAGACAACGAGUUUGAAGAUGAAAUCAACGAUAAUGUUGCAGCUGAAAGCAAAUCAAGUAAGAAAGCAGUAACAAAGAAGGUGACUAGAUCUACCACGUCUAAGAGUACAAGUGUUAAUAAAAACACCAAAACUAAGAAAACUGCGAAGGCAAGUAGUGAAAAAUCAUCAACCAGUAAGUCAACGACAAACAAGACUGCCACUGCGAGUAAAACUGUUUCAAGCUCGGGAAAAAAUGAUAAAAACAAAGGUGCUAAAAGGCCUAUUGCUUCAAGGGCCAGAACUGAGAAGAAAAAAGAACCUGAAAAAUCUAGACCGAUUGAAAAAAAGAAAUUAGAAUCUGAAAAGUUUGAGCAUGAGAAGAAUUUGGUAAAAGUAAGUACAGACAAAAAAGAAGUGAAGAAACCGAGUGCUAGUAGUGCAAGUUCUAAUCAAUCUACUGAACAGAAGGAUAAAAAGACUGUUACCAAAAGUAAACAUGUCAACGAGGACGACAAAUCUAAGCCUGAGACUUCUAAAAAGUCUCGGAAAGUGGUCUCGACGAAGAAAACUGGAAAAGUUGAUGAGAAAGUGAAAGAAAACCAGGAGAUGAUGGAAGUUGAUUCCAUUGUUGCUGAGCAAAACCAGGAAACAAAAGAUACAGAACUCAACACCAGUAAAGAGGAUGUUGGUCAUGACGAUAAAUUGAAUUUGACAAUAGAAGAUGAAACUAUCGGCAAUGAAGAGUGUGCAUUAAAUCCUGAUUUGGAAGAGUUUGAUACCCGUAGUGAAGCUGGAUCAAGCAGUAGCGGACAGUCAAAAUCUAGUUAUAGGUCACUAUCACGUUCUCGGUCAAACUUAGGAUCCAAGUCACGGUCACGCACCAGGUCUUUCAGCAGUAGCAGUUCAUCCAAUAGUGGCAGUGAACACAGAAGACGCAGAGAAAGAAGAAGAGGCAGCCACAAGAAAAGAAAGCGAGGCAUUUCUCCAAUUGUUUAUGAUAGAAGCUCUAAGGCUGAAUCUGGUUCUGAAGAUCAAAGUUCAAAGCAGAAGUACUUAUUGAGAGAUGCCAGGUAUUUUCUUGUCAAGAGUAACAAUCAUGAGAAUGUUGCACUGGCCAAGGCCAAGGGUGUCUGGUCCACGCCACCUAACAAUGAACAGAGACUUAAUAAAGCCUUUAAAGAGUCUUGUAAUGUGUUACUCAUAUUCUCAGUCAAGGAAAGUGGGAAAUUCCAAGGGUAUGCACGUUUGAGUAGUGAAUCAAGACGAGAUGGUCCAACUGUUAACUGGGUUUUACCAGUAGGCUUGAGUAAAGCAGCUUUAGGAGGCGUGUUCAAGAUAGAUUGGAUUACUAGGCAAGAUCUGCCUUUCUCCAAGACUGCUCAACUGUACAACUUUUGGAAUGACAACAAACAAGUGAAGAUUGGAAGAGACGGCCAGGAAAUUGAACCAAGAUGUGGAGCUGAAUUGUGCAAAAUGUUUCCUGUGGAUGUUAACAUAGACCUGUCCCCUAUUGUGAGCAAAGCAAGAAGACGUUAUCACCGAGAAAACCAUGAUACUUCUUCCAGCAUGGCAUCAAGGAUUGCAGUAGAUAGUAUCAGACGAUCUAGACAUGAUGAUUAUGAUGAACCACGAGCCAAACGUCGAAGAGAUGAAUACGGCAGAGAAGGGUACAGGCAUGCAGUCGGUGACAGGAGAGUGUAUUCUGUUGGACGGAGAGAGAUCAUGAUGAAUGGGGUAAGAUAUCCUUCUGCAAGUGUUGGUCAGUUUCAAUACUCUUAUUCGGAUUAUAUGAGAGAUUUUCAUGGCAGUCGGCAUGCUCCACCAAUGCCUCCAAUGCCACCAUAUCAAGAUAUGCGUUCAUAUGCUAUGGACCCUCCACCUCCUCCUCACUACUUGGCACCAGGUCUACCUCCACCACCUACUAUGACACAUCGUCACCCUGAAAGUUAUGCGACUCAACCGUCUGUGCCGAUGCCAAGAAGCAGAGAUAGAGAUCGUGAUAGAGACAGAGAUCGGGACCGGGAUCGUGAUAGAGGCAGAGAUAGGGAUCGGGACAGAGAUAGAGAUAGGAGAAUGAGUUACGAUUCCAGAUCACAUGCUGUUGCCUGCGAUGACUUUGUUCGGCGUACACAAAGUGGAGAAAGUCGCCGUAGUAAUAGCAGCAGUAGCAAUAGUCGGUAUAGCAGAAGAUGAGGGUGUUUCAACAUCCAAUAACAUUAUUAAAAUAUUUUUAAACUGUUUAAAAACAAAAUUACAGUUUAUUAGUUAGAAUAUACACAUUUAGAAAUCAUGCAAAUUAGAGGGGAAAAAAUGCUUGAAAAGUGUAUCAUAUCAGUUUUCCACAUUUGUCAUUUGGUGUGUAAAAUCAACAGAUUACAUAGGUUGGUUCAUACAUGGAGAGGGGAGGGGAGGGGGUGCGUAUGUGCUCAUCCUUGAGUUGGAGUGCACUUUAUUUUGUAAAAUAAUUGAAUCAGAAAAAUGUAUUUUUGUCAAGGUUUGUGAUUUUUAUUUGCAUUUUUUUUUCACCAAUUUCAUAAAAAAAAAGAAAAAUCCCUCCAUAUUUCGUGACUGAAACCCCUCAAUAUUACAAGUACAUUGUAUACCCGCUUAGGUUCAUAGUACUGGUAUUUAUAUAUUAAAUAUGUCCAUUUUAUCAGUAACCAAAUUUUUAAGUAAGUCUUUGUUGGUGGUGUUUUAUGGUUUGUAUUCUUCAAUUUAUAUCAAGGGCAUAGUACUCUACUAGCAGGAAUAAGGCCAUAUUAGCUUGAUAUGCUGUUGUGGUGAUCAGCCUUAUGCAAAAAUUUUAAGAUUUAUUAAUUUCAAGCAACACUUUUCUGCCUGCCUUUUUGAUUGAUAUCCACAGUAGUGGAGUUUAAUGCAUGCUACCUGGACUACUAUAUUGAAAACAAGACAGCUAACUGCUACAGGUUUUUUUUUUAUUUAACUGCUUGCAGAAUAUGGUUGUGCAAAAAAAAACUUAUUUUACAUAAGCAGUACCACUAUGCAUUAAUAAUUACAGUAUUUAGUUUGAAAAAGCCAAGAUGUUUACUUGUACAGUACGAUAUUGACAAUCCACCAUGCUUGUAAGAUAUUAAUAAGCUAUAAAUAAGUUCUGUCUGGUUUUCAAAUUUAAUACAUUCCGUCAAUUCAUAAAGAUCUGCAUACUUUUUACUACUGCCUAAACAAAAGAUUAUGUGUAUAGAUUUUGAUAAAUUGGGAGGGGGGGGGGGUUAUGGUUAUUAAUCCUGUUUCAUAUACAUUGUAUUGAUGUUUCCACUCAAUAUAAUGGAUUUGGUCAAUACAACUGAUAUAGUAUUUUGUGGAUUUUAUUUGUCUUUUUUUCAAAGUAUAGUAUUCAGUGGUGAAAUAAAGAAUGCUUAUUGUGAAAUUAAA